UGUUCUUUCCUGUCCUGGACAGCACACAUACUCACAUACACACACCUUUCGUUUCCCUGGAUCCACCAUCCUGGGCUGAGAAGCCGGGAAAGAGGGUGGUAAAGGUUUGAGGGAACCACUUGGAUUUUUGAGGAGUAUAUAGAUUAGAGCUGAUUUUUCGGGAUGGCUAAAUACUUCAACAUCCUCAAAAGCUUGGUCCUGUUGCAGGCACUGUGCUUGGCCCUAGCUCAAGUGACUGGCCCACCAGGACAACCGGGCCCCAUUGGUCUCCCUGGCCCUGCAGGAACUCCUGGUGCCGACGGUAUUGAUGGUGAGAAAGGCCCUCCCGGACCCCCUGGCCCACCUGGUCAAAAGGGGGAAUCGGGUGAGCCUGGUCCUGAUGGAGCCCCAGGGGAGGACGGUAUUGAUGGUUUGAUUGGGGCAAAAGGUGAGAGGGGUCGACGUGGUAAUCCCGGACCAAAGGGUAAACAAGGGCCUAGUGGACCAUCAGGACCACCUGGACCUGGACUGCCUGGACUUCCUGGAGCGCCGGGUCCCAUUGGACUUCCUGGACAAAUUGGGUCUACUGGACCAAAAGGCGUUUUGGGAAAUCCCGGACCUCCAGGAUUCCCUGGACCUUCUGGCAAACCUGGUCCACCAGGAAAGUUUUUGGGCCCGGAGGAAGGCAGUGCUGACUUCCAGUGUCCAACCAACUGUCCACCUGGGCCGAAGGGUCCACAGGGACUACAUGGAGUGAAGGGCCAUAAGGGUCGCGCUGGAGUUUUGGGAGAUUCAGGAAGCAUUGGAAAUGUGGGUCUGAAGGGUAAUGUCGGAAUCUCUGGCGAACAAGGAAUACCAGGCCCUCCAGGUCCCCAGGGUUUGAGAGGAUAUCCUGGAAUGGUGGGACCCAAAGGUGAGAUGGGACCUCGUGGCUAUAAAGGCAUUGCUGGACCAAUUGGCAUCCCUGGACGCCCUGGUGAGGAGGGUCCUCAAGGACCACCUGGAAACUCUGGACAGAAAGGUGACCUGGGAGAUCGUGGCAUACGUGGUCCUCAGGGAGUUGUUGGAAAGAAAGGAGAAAAUGGUCUUCCAGGUAUUGAUGGAAAAGACGGCACACCUGGCAUCCCAGGAAUAAAGGGGGCUGCAGGACAAAAUGGCAGACCUGGAGCUCCCGGUAACCAGGGAGAUGCGGGUUUACCUGGUAUGCCUGGAGCCAAGGGUGAAAUAGGGGUUAAGGGUGACCAAGGACCCAGGGGCCUGAUGGGAAUGCAAGGACCUCCUGGACCUCAAGGAGAGCCUGGUCCUCCAGGUGAAGCUGGGAUGGAGGGAGUCCCAGGGCCAAAGGGUGACAGGGGUGAACGAGGACCAGUUGGGCUUACUGGAAUUAUCGGUUUACCUGGAAGUAAAGGAGAGAGAGGGCCCAUGGGCAUCCCAGGACCUCAGGGUCUACCUGGAACUAAGGGUGACAAGGGAUUCCAAGGCAAAGUGGGGGAGAAGGGAGACAUCGGUGAUCCUGGUGUAGAGGGUCUGGCUGGAGAAAAAGGAGAGAAGGGACAAUCUGGUGAGCCUGGUCCUAAAGGUCAGGAAGGUGUGACUGGCGAUCCAGGGUACAACGGCCCCGCUGGAGAUCCUGGCAAACCAGGAGAUCAGGGUCCCCCAGGCCUACCUGGUCCACGGGGGAAUGCAGGAGAAAGAGGUGUUCCAGGCAUGCCAGGACUACAGGGAUCAGCUGGUCGUGACACCUCCGAUCAGCACAUCAUCGAAGUUGUCCUAAAGAUGCUUCAAGAAAAGUUAUCUGCAGUGGCAGUGAGUGCUAAGAGGGCAGUGCUGGGAGGAGCAGGUGUGAUGGGACCUCCAGGUCCUCCUGGACCACCAGGACCCCCGGGUCCUCAGGGGCCUCAUGGACUAACUGGUUCCCGUGGAAUCCCCGGAAUAAUCGGGGCCGCAGGACAAAUCGGCAACAUUGGCCUUAAAGGGAAGAGGGGUGCCAAGGGAGACAGAGGAGAUCCUGGUCGACCACACCCUGGCCAACCGGGUCCACCUGGACUGCAAGGUCCUCCAGGUCUUGAUGGUGUGGCGCGAGAUGGUAAGCCAGGUGAGAGAGGACCACAGGGUGUACCGGGUGAACCGGGCCGUCCUGGAAAGGUUGGUCAUCCUGGCCUCCAUGGAUUCUGUGAAGCAGCUGCAUGUUUGGCGGCCUCUGCCUAUACUUCUCCUAGACUACAGGAGGCAGGAACAGUCAAGGGCCCGUCCACUUAAAUCAAGCCCUCUACUGGAGCGCAAGAACAUCUGUAAAAGAGAAAAGCAUGAAGAAAGAAAGAGGGGAGAUAUAGAGGAAAGCAUGGAAAGAAUGAAACAUAGGCCUUUUCUUCUUUGGACACCAUUGUGAGGGGGAGGGAACAGCUUUUGCCUGGCAUUGGGUCUGUUUGUAUGUAUUAGGAUUGUAUGAUUUGAUGACAUCUACCGGAGGCGAGUUUAUUAUUGCCAAUGUUAGUUGCGACUGCUUUAUCACCACCACACAGUAGAUGUGAGAACACUGUCAGUGACAUCACAGAUGACAUCAUCAUCUUCAUGUGCCCUGGACUAGAAGAACUGUCGAAUGCUGUUCAAAGGUGCUGUUUUUUGUUUUUGUUUUCAAAGUAAGGUUGCAAGCAAGGCCCCAAGCAAGUGCCAAACAAUUCCCCUGUAAUUACGGCAAUAAACGACUAUCAAAAGCUAGUCUACACCAUUCAUUAAUAAUAUUACUAAACUAACUUCAGAGAUCUGCUUCCACGACUUGAGUUACCUCACAUGCACAUCAUGUCCCUGUUUGUACAGUAUCUGCCUCUGCCAUAAACAAAAAUGUCUUUGAUCUUUUAUUCUAGGUGGGAUGGCGGUCUGUUCUUGAAUUUAUUCUUGUUUCCAUGCUGUAAAUCUUUGUAAAUGUGUAUUAAUUUUGUAUGAACAAGGUGGUUUGGAAUAUAAAACAGAGAUCCAAAGAUAAUGACUUUAAUCUGCAUUCAAGAUCUAACUACAAACUAUAAUGCUCCGACUUUUUGGUAAAUUACACACCUGUAUGCCACUUUACCAAGCUGAUGUGUUAUGUUCACAACAAUAGAGAACUGAUUAUUUACUAUUUAUUGUUCUGUAAACUCUUUUUUUUUGCCUGGUUGUUCAGAUUUACCCAAAUCAAUAAAAAGGAACGUUUUGUAAAACGCAAUGUUCUGCAUCAUGAACAUAUUAAAGAAAACAAGGAAAUUGUAAUAAAAAAUUGGUAGUAAUUAAAAUAAUUUGUAUUUUCAAACAAAACUGAUAUUAUUUCACCCCAUUUUUUGGGCAAGGAAUACAA